UUAUAAAGAAUAAUUAAAAAAGCAGUAGCUACUAUAUUAUGAAGAAAGUAGUCCCUGUCGUCACGGGCGUGUGGGCGAGUCACACUGUAUAAAUACGCCGGGUUGUCAAACAGUAAAGUUUCUCUGGACCCUCCAUGCAAACUGUCAGCUGAAGACACACUGGGAAACCCUUUGGCUAUUGGAGAAUUGGGGCAGCAGUUAUUUAAAUAAAGAAAAUUAAAAACACUAUUGUGAAAAAUAUUUAGUGUUCAGCGUCUGAACUCGAUAGAUACGCCUUGAAAUUCAACACAAGGGAAUAACAGGAGAAACGCAGGAGAACAACAAGCUAGGGCAUCAGUGACGAAAGUUGGGACCUGAAAACAUUGUAACAUUUUUGUGACGACAAAAGACGACAGCCUGCAACCUGCUGCCCCCGCCUUCAAGCAUCAUCUUGAUCACUUUGCUCCCACGACGGCGCUAACCGGGUGCAGCCAUGCAUCUAGAAGUAAAGGUCGCCCUCAACUUCAUCGUGUCCUACCUGUACAACAAGCUGCCUCGUCGUCGAGCUGACCUGUUCGGCGAGGAGCUGGAGAGGAUACUGAUGUCUCGUUUUGAGGGUCACUGGUACCCUGAAGCCCCUCUCAGGGGCUCAGCCUUCCGCUGCAUUCACCUGGGAGCACCAAGGGACCCCGUGGUGGAGUUGGCCGCCAAAAGAAGCGGGCUGGACACAGAGGAAGUGCGUGCAAAUGUUCCUGCGGAGCUCAGUGUGUGGAUUGACCCGUACGAGGUGUCCUACCAGAUUGGAGAGAAGGGGGCAGUGAAGGUACUCUACCUGGAGGACCCUCCAGGCCUCGGUUGUGACAGCGAGAGGGCUGAGGGGGUGAUCAGAGAGGGUAAAGGAGAUGCAGAGGCAGAGGAGGCGAAGAGUCUGGGGUUUAACCCGGACGCUCAGGUGUUUGUGCCAAUUGGAAACCAGGCGUCUCCUGCCCUCAUGCCGUCGCUCUCGAGCUCCCCGACGCCUCUGUCUGCCCAGUCUUGCACCGGCCUCUUCAGCUACCCCAGCUCCAGCACGCCCACUGACCCCGCCGCCCACUCCUCAAACACCUCCACCCCUUCUCCUCCCAGCGGCGGUCUGCCCUACCUCUCCGCUCAGCAGCCGCCCUCCGCUCUCCCAACCGCCCGCCCUCAACCUAUCACCUUCACCACCGCCAGCUUCGCCGCCACUAAAUUCGGCUCGACCAAGAUGAAGAAGUGCAGCGGGUCCGGGUCGGCAGCUAGCUCCGGCGCCGUCAUACCGCCCGCACAGAGGAUGCUCACCCGCUCUCCCACCACCAUCUCGGCGCCAGAGCUGCUCAAGCACAAGCCCCUCUCUCUCUCCUUGCACUCCCUCGGAGGUCCCAUCGCCAGCCAGCUCUCCCCCAACGCCAAAGAGUUUGUCUACCCAGGAUCCCCAGGCCCCCUUUACUUUGAUGCUGACACCCAGCCCAUGCAGCCUCACGCCAGCCCAUUCCAGCCCCCUCACACCCAUCCGUCCUUUGACCCCUUCUCCAGCCCUCCCCCUGCCCAGAGCGUGGGCAUCAUCGGCAGCAACGGAGGAAUCCCGUACAUGGAGAAGCCGCCGUUUGUCGAGGGUUUAGGAAGCUACAACCUGCAAUAUCCUAGCCAGUCCUUCCAGCCUGUGGUGCUGGCCAACUAAGCCUUCAUUUGUAACGAUGAGAAUUGUUGUCGGAGGAGGUGGGUUUGGACAAUGAUGCUCCAGAUAUUUUCAGUUUUUCUAACAAAUUGUUCUAAUACUAACACAAGCUAAGAAUUAGUUUUACUACAAAGAUUUAAAAUACCACAUCAACUGAAUAAUUAAAUUUGUUUUGUUCCUCCAUUACCCCCCCACCCUGCCGUUUUGUCUGUCGCUGUUACUCAUCGUGUUCUGUGUUUGACAGGAGUGGGUGGGGGGUGAGUUCCUUUCUACCUUAAGUCAUUGCCAAUCUCUUGUUUAUUAUUUAGGACUGAAUGUUAACGUUAGGGGCUUUUUUUUGUUGUUGUUUUUUUGGACCCGGCUCUAGUAUAGCUCAGUUUUUGCACUGCACUGUCAUGCUGUGAAAAAGGACCUCGCCAAGUCCUGCAGGGAACGACGGCUGUGGAAAGCUCAGCACUUUGCUCUGCAAUCUGCUCUGCCCUACUUGCCACAAAUACAAAGAGGGGGGCUCUGCUGUCUCCGUGUGUGUGUAGCGCUGUUCUGUUUUGUUGUGCCUCAGCGUGAUGGAGAGUCUCAUUGUUUGUACGGCGCGCCCGUUACCCUUGAAACGCUCUCGUGCGCAGGCACAAUUUGACUCUGUUGUUGUCACCGGGCGUAUAUUGGAAGCAGUUUAUCGUCAGCUGGAAUGCGUACAUGACGUGGGUUUAAAUGAAGCAAGAGCAGCGGAGGGAGCAGAUAGGGAGCAUCGGGGUGUUAAGGGAGUGAUGUAGUAGAAUGUAUUGUAUCUGUCAGGGGACACUGCAGCUGGGAAGGUCAGGGAAACCUUGGUGAAUGUGAAAAAGCAAGUAAAUCUUUGCAUUUUUAGACAAUAACAAAGCGCUGAUACCUCAAUUAUACACACUGGGAUGUAAGUUAUAGUUUCAAACAUGUAUUCAAUUGCACACAUACGCAGAAAUAUGUCCACAUAAACACAUUUCCAGGCAGCGGUGUGUGAAGGUGAAGAGGCGUAGGGGAUGCAGCAGUUAAGCAGUAGGGAUUGUGAUAAAUGGCUUAGCAUGACUUUGACUAUGAAGGAGAGGUUUUCCUCUGCAUGGAAAGGAGAGAAGGGAAGACCGAGUGGAAAGGAAAGAGAGGGAGAGAAGCAGCUAGAGGGUUCUUUUGCCUCGGUGGCGUCCAGGCUGUAUUGGCUUACACUUUAAAACCCAGAACACGUUUCUAGUGAGCUUAAAUGGUAUUGAAGCCAAAGGCUCGCACUAUUCUCUCCUCCUCUUGAAAUUCUUCAGUGAUCGCUUCUCUUGUGGCGGUUAACAAAGGAAAAGCAGAAAUAUACAGCUCAGACAAAGAUGCAAAGAUGAAUGUGCGUGGCUUUUGUGGCUUUAUUGGAUAGCUUGUCAGAUCUCUUGGAAGUCUGCUGUUUCUAACAAUGGUUUGUUUACCAGCCGGGUCCAUGUGAUUGUUGGUUAGUCACUACAGGGAAGGGGGAACUCUCAGAUGUCCGUUUUGAGCUGUCCAGCACUUUAUUACUGGGCUCCUGAUGCUGUGUGUCACCAUUCCUUUGCCCUCUGUUUGGUAAUGGCAUAUUUUAUUCAGCUUUAGAGAUUCAAACAGGAGCUUAAGUUGUAUUCAAAUGCAUCAUGCUGGUGAGGAGAUGCUAUUGGUCUUGUCCGUUUAUUUGAAUGUUUUCCAGUACCCAUAAAUGUUUUUGUAUAAGAUGACCCAAGGACGCUCACGCUGUUUUUUUGCAAUGUGACAGCUUGUCAUACGCAUGCAAGUUUUUAUUUAUUUUUCUUUUCAAGGGAUUGGGGUGGGGAGGUACAUAUCUCUGUAAAUGUUAUGAUUGUGAGGGAAAGAUGCAUUUAUAAUUUUUUUUUUGUUUUUGUAAUUUAUUUCCAAUAUUUCUAUAUUUUUGUUUUUGCAAAUUUAUCACUUACAUUUGUAUGAGUAAGACAAGUCCAGGAAUAUGUAUAUACAAAGUUCUUAUGUUCAGAUUCUUUGUUUAGUUUCUUACAUGCUGAGGUUAUAUUUUCAGAAAAUUACAUGAAUAUAUGCAAACUGAGACAAAAAUAAAGAUGUACAGAAUAAAGUAUUGAAUGUGUAUUGUACCUUGUACAGCAUUUGUCUAAUAAGACGGGUAAAUGUAUUCAUUCUUCAAGUUGGAUUUGAAGUUUAAGAUGUGAAUGUUUACAGUGGGUUUGUGUAGGAAAAGAUGGCUGAUUUCACUUUUUUUCUGUGCUCCCAGGGCAGUCUGAUAGCACUACCCCCACAGGCAGUACAUUUAAACCAAAAAUCUCCACAUUUCAGAUUCAGUUUUGAGCGUAAUCUCCAUUUCCCUUUUUUAUAUGGAUUCACUGCAUAUUGUGGUCACCCCAACUAUUUCUUUCCCCGAGAAAAAUUGUCCAUCACUUAUCUUUUUUUCCUCCUACUUCUUUAUUUAAAAAAAAAAAAAAAAAUCAUAUCGGCACUAACGCUCCUUAUUUCAAUUGGUUGCUACUACCCAGAUAUAGACCUAUUUAUCUGAACAAAAAUGUCUCUUAAAGGAAUGGUUCACCCCAAAAUGAAAAAUACACAAUUUUCCCUUUUACCUGUAGUUGUAUUAGAUAUGUCUGGCUUUUCCCCUCAAAUAUGAUUGAAGGAAUUGUGCAAUUUGCACCAAAAAAAAAUCUAGAUUGAUAAAUAGCACUACAAGUAAGGACAUGUUUGUUUGUUUGUUUUUAGGGUGAACUGCCCCUUUAACCUCCCUUAUAAUGUAUAUCCCAUCGAAUUUACAUUUUCCCACCUUCAUUUUUUUGUCACUUCUCCCCAUCAGCCUGGUCCUUUGGUCCUGAUACUAUAGCCAUAUAUCCCAGACUGUCUUUGCUUACACAGAUGCUCACCCUUCUCCAGUGCAAUGUAAUGCCAUAAUUUAAAUUACCCUGAAGGAUUCAAGGGGUUUCUACCUCUCUGCACCCGGGAAUUAAAAAAAACUCCAGUAUAUCUUCUAGAUAGGAAGACGGUGUUCGUUACGGCAGGUUCAGAAAGAUGAAGGAAAUGAAUGUGCUGUGAAUGUGAUCUGUUGUUAGUCAACCCUGGUUGAGAUGGCCUGCGGGAAAUAAAGGAGGAAACCGCUCAUUUUUUUGUGUUUAGAAGUCUUUUGAGAGAUUUUAAGUUGCAUGCAUGUCCAAAAUGUCCAAGUGACUCCUUUUUUUUCUUUUCCAUAUUUGUCUGAUUAUUCAGAGCAAACGAGGUGCGUUAAAUUUCCUCUCGAGGUGAGAGAUCUGAGGAUGUGAGUGAUUACUGUAAAAGCCGCUUCGCCCUCACAUCUUUAAGAGUGAAGCUGGUUUGUGUUUAACACACACACACACAAACGCACACCGCAAAUCAUCUCUAAACGCAGGCUAUUCCACAAUCAGGGUUGAACAUUAAUGAAAAGGAAAAACAAGAAUUUUGUAUUCCGAUGUCCUUUGCUUAUAUCGAUGUGUGCGUUUUAUUUUGCACUUUGGAAUAUUCAUUGUCAUAAAAGAAGUUUAUUUUCUAUGUAAAGUUUAACAUUUAAGAGUAAAAUAGAUAUAAUAAUUAAAAGUUCAGAUGAUGUAUAAAUAUAGUGCUUUCUUUCCUGCCUGUAUUUUAUUAUUUUUCCUAUUUUGUAUCUGAUCUGUACACCCUGUAGAUGUGUAAUGAAUCUUUCACUACUGAAAUGCAAUGACCUGUUUUCUGUGCUGCCCCUCGGGAAUGGGGAGUUACUACUGCAGUUUCUUAUUGUAUCAGAUUCUUUUUUAAGUUUGUAAUAAAAAAAACAGAUUGGCAAAAAUAA